AUGCCCGUCAAGGGGAAGGCAGGAUGGGGCUCCGGCGGCCCUUCCGCCAAAGGAGGCCAAGGGAUCCGCGGGGGAGCCCUUGCUUUAUCAUCGGCUUUUAAGAACCAGGAGGCAGCGCAUAGACGGUUGGGUGCCGCUGCUGUUGCCCCAGCAGAAAAUGCGCCAUCUGCUGACUCCAUGCAAUUUAGCUUUUGUAUCGCUGCUGUGAUACCCCAACCAGGUCCACCAACAACUUUGCCAUCCCCAUCUGCUACCGCUACUGCAACCUCAGCAGCUACAGCAGCAGCAGCAGCUACUGCUGCUGCUGCAGGAGCGGCUGGCGAGGGUGUUGCCGCUGCUGCACAGGAGCAAGAAAGCGUGGACUGCACAGCUUUGUUGCUUGCUGCAUCAGAAGCAGCAGACAAACGAGCUGCAGGGACAGACAGCCCUUCAAACUCCCAAGGUCCCCGAUCCUGCCAGGUGGUCGUGGCCCAUGGCGACGAAAUAUAUUUUUAUGCAAAGCGAAACAACCUUCUGUCCGACUCCAAGGCCAAAUCCAUUGCAGACGUCAACCCUGCGGAUGUGGCUCGGGUAAUAUCUGUGUUGUUGAACGAGUACGCGGCGGCGAUGAAACAAGAAAAGGCAAAUGCACUAGCUGCAGCGGCACAAUCUGUGCCGCCAUACGCUCAGGAGCAGCAACUGGGGCAGCAACAGCAACAGCAGCAGCCACAGCAUCAGGUAUCCGCUGGUGCAUCAAGAAGACUAGAGUCAGGGUUACGUGAGCCCACCCUGGAUCUGCUGCUUUGCCUGUGGGGCUUGCCUUGGUCUACUACUCUGUUACUUUCGCUGGAGAAAGCAGCAGUAGGAGUCGCGGUGUUCAUGUUGCUAACGGCAGCAACGCCGCAAGAAGCGGCAGAGCAAUUUGCUGCGACAGAGGCACAACGACUUGCUGCUGCUCUACAGGCAGCAGAAACCAACGACAAACAAGUUGCUGCUGAGUUAAUGUGCAUUAAAGACUGCAACAGGAUAGAAACGACGUCUGUAUUAAGUGAUUUGAAUAUGGGUGUAGGGCUCACAGCUCAGCGCGCAUGGUGUAAGGGCUGUCUGAACAGGAAACAGAAGGAAGACCCUGAACUGCUCCUGGACCGUCUUGUUGCUGCUGCGGAAGAGGUCAGCAAACAGCGCGAUGCGUACAAACGCUUUGUGGAGACGAUGCCUGUGCUUUCCUUUGCUGUGCUGCAACGCGAAGCAGGAGCAGCCGCAUCAACAGCGGAGGCUCCUGCUGCCGCAACGGCGCAAGCAACUGCAGCUUCAGCUGGCAGCUUGGGCUCAACAAAGAGUGGCACGCAGCAGCAGCUUCAGCAGCAGCAGAAACGACAGGGCGGCAAGAAAGAGGCCGCUGAGGGGGCUGCAGCUGAGGCGGCCCCUACCCAGAACCUUUCAAAAGCGAAUCCUAGGAAGGAAGAUCGCCAGCUAUACACGUCCCUGGCAAAUUCUGUAGCCUAUGAGGAAACAUCUGUGGCUCUACUUCUGCACUGUUUGCUACAGCAGGCAGCCGCAAAUGCAGCAGCCAGGCGCCGAGAAUUAGCCGCAGCUUCGCUUCCUGAGAAGAGUGGGAAAGAGGAGGCGCAGCAGCAGCUUCAGCAGCAGGAAGGGCAGAACAUACAGCAGCAGCAGCCACAGCAGCAAGAACAACUACAGCAGGAUGCGUCCCAAGAGCAGGAAGCACAGCAAGAGAUUUCUGGCUGUGGCAUCGAUUGCGGAACAGAGCCAAAUAGCCUUGAGGCCGCAGCAGCUAAAAUAGAGUCAAUUGAAGCGUCUAUUCCCACUGCCUAUUUGCAGCAACUAAAACUCUAUACGAGAGCGCCUUUGCGGCAGUUGGCGCUGCAGUGCCGCGCGUAUUCCUUUUUUUCGGAUCUGUGUGAGGCUCAAGUGGAGCAUUUGCUUCAGCUGCUCACUUUCGAGAAUCUGCUGGCUGCUGUAGGUGGGGGUACUCAAGUGGGUUGCCUGGCUAGCUGCUGGUGCGUGCGAGAGACGAUCCCACGAGAUCGUUUUGCGCAUUUCCUGGGAUAUGUUUUACGAUCCCGAAAGUAUACCCUUGAGGGUACAGUCAACAAGAGGACUGGUCACCUGCUACUGGCUGUGUUUCACCGACAAAACGCGUCCAGCCUUCCCCAACCUCUUGCCAACACUACCACCACCGCCACCUCUGGCAGUCCGAUCACAACCGUCACAGCUAACUCUUGCAGCCCCAGAACAGCCACUAGCACCAAAAAAGGCUGCAGCACCUGGAGUGACUCUUGGCAAAGCACAUGCACAUUCCCGUUACAAGGAUUUAGGGAGUGGCGGCGUUUUUUGAAGGCAGAAGAGGCACCCGAAGGUCUCUGCUGCCUCGUCGAUUUGCCCCCAGAAAGGCAUGGGGGCCCCCGCAGCGAUGAGAUGUACGUACACUUGAGCCCCGCAGUCACAUUUGUUUCUGCAAAAUAUGCUGUUGGCGCUGCUGUGGGACCCCAGUGCGUCUCAUUUGCUGCUGAGGCCGACACGCAACCGAGCAGGCCCCUGCCCAAGCUUGUAUUCACAUGGUGCGACGACAGGAAAGAUAUACGAACAGAGCACGAAUCGCUUGCUACUGCAGGAAGGGGCCCUGCAGCUGCUGCUGCGGCGGCUGCUGAGGCUGAGGCAGCAGCAGCAGCAGCAGAAGCCGCAGCGCGUCCAGUCCCGACUAAAGAGUGGAGGGAAUUCCGAGUCCUGCUGCCGGGCGCUUGCUGCUCCUUGAAAAAGGACGCGUGUCUUCUCGACAGUUGCACCAACUGGACGACUGCCAUAUCUGCCAUUUGCCAGAAGCAGCGGCAGCAGCAGGAAUCGGACGAGGCGCGUUCAAUGCCAUCUUUAGAGACUUUAGAUAGGGCUAGGGAAUUCGUCGCUGGUGUUGAGCAGAAUCUGCAGGGGAAAUUUUAUCUUUUCUCAGCAGCGCUAACGGGAGGCCACCGACUCGUCGUUAGGCUUUCCGUUUCUUCUCUCUUGCGGCUGCACCAGCAGCAAGAACAAAAUACUUCAGCAAAAGCGAGCGACGCAAGUCAUGAGCAGAUAAAGAAAGAACAAGAGGAGGAAAAGGAGAAGCAGCAACAACAGACACAGCAACAGCAGCAGCAACCAGAGCAGCAACUUCUAGAAAAGCAGCAGCAAGUACACGAAAACGUAAGGCCUCAAGAAAGAGGGAGAAAAUCAUAUAUUCCUUUAGAAGUUAUUGUAGAAAUAUCCAGCCCUUCUGGUCGCUUGCUACAGAUUUCGUCUGACGGCUCUUUGUGGGAACGAAAUCCGCACUUUUUGUCUCGUCAAAUCUCUGCCUCGUUUCCCUCCGCAGAAGCUGCCGUGCAGCAGCACACAGAAACAGUUGCAGCAGCAAGAGCAGCAGCCGCUGCAACAGGGUUGAGCUCCGUAGCAGCAGCAGCAGGCGCUGCCGCUGUUGCUGUGGGCGCAGCAACAAACGCAUGCUCAGCUGCAAUAGCAGCGGCUGCGGCAUCAGCAGGUGUUCCCACACCAAGUACAGCGACUACUGCACUAACAGCAGCGGCAGCCGCAGCAGAAUUAGCGGCAGAAUGCGGUCCUUGUCCAAGCCUCAGGCUAGGUCGUGGUCGGCUCUGGUUUGGCUGCCCUGAGGAUUUGGAGCUGCAGCGGCGACUGCUGCCAUGCGGCGCUGUUGUUCGUCAAACUCUGUCAGGGAGGGUAGAGGUAAUGCUGCCAAACGGGGAUUUCGUGUCCCGCGUGCCCCUUCACUCUGAGUUUGCCGCUCGCUGCAGUUUGGGUUUUAUUCCUCCUUUUCUUCUGAAUUUGCAUUCUCUCUACGAAACAUUGCCUCCACGAGCAGCACAGGAGCCGCUGAAGCUUCCUGCACAUGUACUCAGCGACCCCUUCAACACUGGUGGAGGCUCAGACUUGUUUGAGGUGGGGGCCAUAGAGGGUCUCAGUGACCUUCUAUCUCUUGUGAAUUCCAAUGCCGAAAAUCAAUUUUCACCAGCAGCAGCACCAACACCAAUAGCAGCACCAGGAGCGACGGCAUCAGCACCAGGAGCAACAGCAGCAGCACAAGUAGCACCACCAAGGGAAUGGAGGCAGUAUGAUUUAUCUCCGAGUUCAUUUGCUGCCACAGUGGAGGGAAGCAGAGGCCUCCUCUUCUCUUUUGCUUCUUCUCAAGUGCAAACCGUCACUUCUGUUUUCAACAGCAAAACGAAAAUGCCAAUGCGAACGCAGACACAGACACAUGAAAAGACGGUUCUAUUUCCUGAUGGAACUCAAAUUAAGAGCGAGCAGCACGAUGGCAGUUCGAAGCUCGCAGUGGAGCACCCCGACAAAACAAGGCUUUGCGUCGUUAUGAAGCAAGAUUCUCCAUCAACACUUGCUGCACCAGCUGCUGGCGGAACAGCAGCAACGCAAGCAGCAUCAGAAACAUUCCAACCGGAAGCAGCAGAUGCUUCCGUUGCGCAGAACGCACGGGCAUACAGGAGAGUAUCAGCUGCCGCAACAGCAGAAAUUGCUGCAGAAACUAGUGCUUCUGCGGCCAGGAGCACAGCAAACCUCUCUGCAAACGACGAAAUUGACGGGGCCUUCGCUGCUGAGGCAACUCUUGGAAGCAGCGUCAAGCUUCUCAUUAGAAGGAAUGGCAAAGGAGCUGUUGUCAUCAAAAUCCAACAAAAGGGAGGAGCCGACUUCACGGUUGAUCCCUUCGCAAAUGUCACUGUGCAGCCUCCGCCUUCGACACACAUUGAAGACGACGCCGUGUCCGUGGUAUUUUCUCUUCCUACUGGAGAAACGUUUGGCUUACGCGGGGGAGAGGAAGUCUGCCGCGUGGGGCCAGAUGGAGUGCUUCAUGGAGGAGAAGGAGAGGCUUUAGACGCAAGUGAAACUACUCUCGAAUCUGGUGACGCCGCCGCAGCAAAGGUGGCAAGACAAGAUUUUGAGAGCUUGAAAGCUGAAACAGAAAAUGACAGUGGAAUGUACUGGGAAGGUCCUUGUGAAUUUGAUGGCAUAACUGAAUUCGAACUUGUGCAUAUCAAGCCAAAACGCGACAAGAGCUCCUACAGAGUCACACCAUUCCCGCAACCGCUGGAGGAGGACUCCCUACCUUUGUGGCAGCGGUUCAAAACAAACAACUGCGACGGCACGGCUGCAGCAGAAGAACUGCAACCUGUCACAUUCACCAGACACUUCCGGGUGCACCCGCGUGCGAGUCCCCAAGAGAUGAAGCGAGUAGAGCGCUCCUACGGGGCCUACGUGAGCUGGGAAUCAUCGACGGGAAACUGCGUGCAGCAUAUACAGGCAACGGGAGAGAGAAGGAGGCAAACAGAAGGUGGGGGUGUCUACGGAGCUCGGGCUUCUGUUGCCUCGCGUGGAUCUCUCGCGCCUUUGCCGGGUCGACUGCAACCCGAACUCAGUGCGCUGACUUACAGAAGUAAUCUUAUUGCUAAAAUGCAAAGGGAGGGGCGUCUUGAGACUAUGGAUCCCUUUACCAUUCCAAUGAUGCAGCGGCAAAGGGAGCCAGAACAACAGCAGCAGCAGCAGGAAAUGCACCACCUGGAUGGAAAAGAGUUACAAAAUAAACAUUCUGGGUGCGCUAAUGCCUUGGCGGCCGCUACGAUGAGAGCUGCCUGUGCAAGGCGAGCAGCAGCUGGUGCGGAAGAUGCUGCGGCUGUAGCGGCGGCAGUGGCUGUAUCAAAGGAGACAGCUGCAGGAAAAGUCGUUGCCUCAUUAAAAGAAGAAGACAUAAGGAUCGGAGAGGAAGGGAUCCCUGCGUCUGAGCUAGGGGGCAAGCACACAACCGCAGCAGCAGCAACGAGUGCUGCUGCCCUUGGAUAUGCCCUGAAUGCAGCAGUGUCUCAGACACUCAUAGAGGUUCUCCCACGAGAACGUUCCCUGAUGGUUCCUUCUCUACAAGAAGACAGGUGGCACCCUUUGGGUCAUUUGAGUUACUGUCCUGAUCGGCAAGCACGCUUUGAACCCCCUCAAGAGCUGACAAACUACCGGCAGCAGCAGCAGCAGCAGCAGCAGCAGCAGCAACAGCAGCCACAGCAGAAGAAGCAGGCCUUAAAGAGUUCCGCAGUUCGGCAAGUUACCUCUGCCUACAGCUCCCCGAAACGACUGACAGGAAAUGCUGACCCUAAACUAACUGACCCAGAGGGGCUCCACCAAGGAUCCCUUGAGGUGUCCCCCCGGGCAGUUGACUUCGGCAUCAUCUCUCUGGAGUCAGUUUACUUCCGCCACGUCUCAGCUAAAUUGCUGGGGACGCACAGCAGCAGAGUCUGCGCAAAGAUAAAGGACCUACAGGGGCCUCCAGGGGUCAUAGUCAAAGUAAUUAACGCGACGCCAGGUGGCUGUUGGUCUCGAUUGGCGAUGUCAGCUGCGGCUGGAGACACCCGUGCUUUGUGA